AUGUCCUUCUUCGCCGGAGAUUCGCGCCCCUCUGAGGCUCCUCCACCUCCCCAUGGCGGUCUCAAGACGACUGAGAUUGGCGUCAUUGUCGGGGCCGUCACUGCUGUCGUUCUUUUUAUCGCCAUCAUCUUUGUGCGGCGUAUGCAUUCCAUCAAGAAAGAGCAGCGCCGAGCUCAAGAAGUGAAUGAUGUCGAGUCUGCCCAUCACGCUGGCGAAGCGGCUGAACACAAGGGCGAUGCCGAUGAUCCCUUCAGAAACGAUGCUUCCUCGGGUGAUAAUCUACCUCAGCGUCCCAAGCCCAUCAGGAUGAAGCUUGCCUCCUACCUGCCACGCACAAUCAUCAAGCGCCUGUUCAAAAUCCAUCUCGAGACCGAUACAGAAAUGACUUCACGGCACCACUGA